AUGACCGACGACACCUACACGCGUUUAAAAAAUGCUGAAUAUUAUUUGACAGCAACUACAUCUACUCAACAAAAAGAUAUCGUAUCUGCUGGUAUUAAAUUAUUGUGCCCUGAUCUUGUUAACAGCACCAAUCAACUUCGACUAGCUGCUGGUCAGCACCGAUCAUUUAUGACAACAACGACAUCUGCUCAACGUAUCUCAUCAAAAAUCGAUAAUGCAACAUCAAUUUUGAUGUCAUCAAGAUUAGCAUGUCAACUUACAAAACUAUCCCAUUAA